AUAAUCUAUCCUUUGUGCAAGCAAAGCUACAUGAUCACUUGACUGCCAUGUUAUAGUGAUCAAUCCAGACGCCGUUAUCCUGCGAUUAUAAAUACCAGCCAAGGCUUGAGCCGGGUCUUUGUGAUCGAGCGAGUAUAUGCUUGUAGCUAGUCUCGGCCGAGAGCAGAAAAGAAUUAGUGACUGGUGAUCUAGAUCAAUGGAGUGCGGUCAUGGGAUCUGGCUCCAAGUGCUGCCGCUGUUGCAAGUGCUGGCGAGCCGAGAGCGCAAUCAAGAUUUGUUUCAUGUCAUGCUCCAGCUCGCUGCCGGCAUGGUAAGAUCGUCACGGAUGCUAUUACUGACGAUCCUCCUGCUCUGCUUGCUGGCCUUGUCAGCCAAGGUGUGGUGCAACAGGCUCCCUGGCUGCAAGAGAUCAUGGAGCAGCACCAUUCCGGGGCCGGCAGGAAUGCCCGUGGUGGGCAACCUGGUGGAAUUCGGCCGUGCCGCGGGGCAGCCACACAGAUGGCUGGCGGAGCUGGCUGCAGCCUUGAAUCCCAGCGCGGGGCUCAUGGCCUUGCAGCUGGGGAGCACCAGGCUGGUGGUGGCCAGCAAGCCCGAGGCGGCGCGAGAGAUACUGAGCAGUCCCUGCUUUGGCGAUCGGCCUAUCAAGCAGUCGGCUCAGGAGCUCAUGUUUGGGCGGGCCAUCGGAUUCGCGCCGCAGGGCGAACACUGGAGGCGGCUGCGAAGGAUUGCCGCGCACAGCCUCUUCUCGCCCAGGCGAAUGGCGGCGCAGGAGCACAUACGGCUCCAGGAGAGCGAGGCGAUGCUGGGGGCGAUCCGCCGGCAGGGGCAGCAGGAUCCGCUGCCUCUCCGCUGCAUCCUGCAGCAAACGUCCGUGAGGACGAUGAUGAGGAGCGUGUUUGGGUGGCGGUCGUCCAACAAAGAACAAGAGGAGGAGCUGGUCAGCAUGGUUCGCGAAGGCUUUGACCUUCUCGGGGCCGUGAAUUGGGCGGAUCACAUCCCGUUGCUCAAGCACCUGGACGCGCAGGCCAUUCAGCGGCGCUCCCGAGUUCUCGCUGCUCGAGUGUCGGCGUUUGUCGGCGGCAUCAUCAGGCAGCACAGGCUGGCAGCAGCCACGGGCAACGCGGGAAUGCGGAGCGACGACUUUGUGGAUGUUCUACUCGCUCUUCAAGGGGAAGACGAGCUCCAGGACGACGACAUUGUUGCGGUGUUGUGGGAGAUGAUCUUCAGGGGGACGGACACCACUGCCAUCCUGACCGAAUGGGUGCUAGCCGAGCUCGUUGUGCAUCCAGACAUCCAGCGCAAGCUCCACCUUGAAUUGGAUGCUACUCUUGGCGCCGAGGACGUAAGGGACGACCAUGUUCACAGGUUGACUUACUUGCAAGCAGUGGUCAAGGAGACGCUGAGGCUUCACCCCCCAGGCCCCUUGUUGUCGUGGUCUCGCCUCUGUACGCAAGACACCACCAUCGCCGGCGGCCAUCAUGUUCCCAAAGGUACCAACGCCAUGGUGAACAUGUGGGCCAUAACGCAUGACUCCACCAUCUGGACUCAGCCCCACCGCUUCUUGCCCGAGAGGUUCAUGGCCGGAGCCGGCGGAGCCGACAUGGAUGUCAAAGGGAGCGAUCUCCGCCUAGCGCCAUUCGGUUCUGGGCGGCGUGUUUGUCCCGGACGAGCACUUGGCCUCGCCACUGUGCACCUGUGGGUUGCCCGGCUGCUGCAGAAGUUCGAGUGGCUGGCUUGCACCGACCAUCCCGUGGAGCUACAGGAAGUCCUCAAGCUCUCCGCUGAGAUGGCCAAGCCUUUGAGAGCAUGCCCGGUCCCCAGGCGUCCAAUGUAAGCAUGUUUGAAAAAGAUGGAGGACUAUAGCUACCUAGAUUCCUCUUGUACAAACUAUGAAGCUGCCAAUAAAGGUAGAUAGAUGAGUCACACAAGUUAUGCAUGUUUCGGAAGUCGGUGUCGUCUAGAGCUGAA